AUGUGUACGGGAGCGUGUUCCAAAGUGGUGGCGGUGCCACUCUACGUCCUGGCGUUGCUGUCCAUCAUCUGCAACAUCGUGCUCUUCUUCCCGGACCUGGAUACCAGCUACGCCGCUGAGGAUCGGGAAGGAAAACCUCGCAUCACCGAGGAGGUGAAAUACAUGGGAGGGGUGAUCGGAGGAGGGAUAAUGGUCCUGGUUCCCGCCAUCCACAUCCACUUGACCAGUGCCGGCAAAUGCUGCGCCAACCGUUGCGGGAUGUUCCUGUCCAUCGGCUUCGCCGCCAUGGGCGUGGUGGGCGCCAUCUACAGCCUUAGCGCGGCCGCCCUGGGUCUAGCUAACGGACCGCUUUGCUUUUGGAGUAAUUCGGAAAAUCCCACUCCGCAAUGGGGUGUCCCCUUCGCAAACAGUAGCGGGAGCUACCUCUCAGAUAAGAACAUGUGGAAAUGGUGUCAACGCCCUGAAGACGUAGUGGAAUUCAACCUGGGCCUCUUCUCCACCUUACUGGUUGCGGCGAGCAUUGAACUGGUCCUCUGUCUAAUUCAAAUGAUCAACGGACUUUUCGGCUGCAUCUGCGGCACCUGUUCUGGAAAAGAGGGAGCGGAAGUCAUCGUCGUCUUUUGUCUCGCUCGCUCGCCGCCAGCUCAUCUCUUUUACGCGCACGAUCGAGCGGCUUGA